UGGCGCACAAGUCUCCAACGCCUGCCAACACCCCAACUCCCUCAACAACAAUGCUGCAAGGGCGUAUGCUGCACAGAUCUCGAGAUUCCUCGACUGAGGCUCGCACAGGCCUCUAGUGUGGGGGAACCUCGUGAGGGGAAUGCUGCUUGAGCGCUUCAGAGGGACAGGCGGGUUCUCCGAGACACGAAGGAGAGACCCUGGCGGAAGCCCGCGUGCGCUGCCUGGUGCAACCCGAACGGCGCCCGCCCAUCGCUUGCCAGCGUCUUUCAUUCUUUUCUUUAUAGGCGCAAAUACUGAGCCCCGCGGAAGCUCUGCAACCAAAGAAGCUCCUUUCGGGGGGCCACUGCAGCUGGAGGCGCGGGCUCCCCAUCCAGCCCGGUCACCUACCUCCCAAAGUGGGACAGGCGCGACAGCCGCUGCCCACGGCCGCAAGGAUCCCGAGGAGCUGGCAGAGGCUGGCGGCCGGACGCUCCAGGGUGCAGGGCGGGAGGAGAAUCCUGGGGUACGAGCGCACGCGACAGAGAGCCAGGCCCGCAGCCGCAGUGGGGUGCCUGGAGACGUCCGAGCGCUGGAGCGGAGCGCCGGCUGGAGCUGGGGCUGUUGUGGCUGGGGUUGGAGCCGGAGGCUGGGACCAGAGCUGGGGCGGGACCGACGUACGGGGCGCACGCCCGGGCUCACGUGGCUGCCCCGGGUGGCCAUCACCUCCCUGCAGCCCUGCAGCCGCCGCGUUCUUUUGGCUCCCCCGCCUGUUGAACGCUUCCUGAGCGUUUGGGUCUAAAGCCGGUUACUGUGCCGCGUGAGUCUCUUUUCCGAGCAAUAGCCUAAAAGGCUUUUAUCAGAAAAUCUUUAGAAUUUCUCGACUUCUGUUUUGAAGAAACUUAAGACACUUUCCAAGAGAGGGAGGGGGAAUGCAGGAGAGGGUGAAACAACAAAAAUUGUGUUGAAAACUCAAAGAAUCCAAAUUCAUGGGCCGGGCAGUGGUGGCACAUCCUAGGACUCAGGAGGCAGAAGCAGAAGAAACUUCGUGAGUUUGAGGCCAGCCUGGUCUACAGAGGGAGUUCAUCUAGUCUGUGCCAUUUAUAUUUGACAAUUUGACACAAACCCAGGUCAUCUGGAAAGAGAAAACGUCAACUGAGAAAAUGCCUCCAAGAGAUUGGCCUGUGGGCCAUUUUCUUAAUUGAUGAUUGAUUUGGAAGGGUCCAGCUCACUGUGGGCGGUGCCACCCCUGGGCAGGUACUUCUGGGUAUACUCUAAGCAAGCAGGCAAAGCAAGCCAAUAAGCAGGGGUCCCCAGUGUUCUCUGCUUCAGUUCCUGCCUCAGGUGCCUGCCCUGACUUCCCUUCAGGACAGACUGACUGUAUGCUAUAAGCCGAAAUAAACCCUUUCCUCCCCA